AUGGGGCCUUUAGAGACAGUCGUUGGCGAUGCAGCAGCAGCAGAAGAAGGAGGAGGAGACGAAGCAGCAGGAGACGUGCUGCGUGUAUGGAGACAGGUCCGUGCUGCUCUGUCUUCGCGGCUGCUGCAGCAGCUAGCAGCAGCAGAAACUGCUGCUGCAGCAGAUAAACCCCCAGCAGCAACUCCAGCAGCAACAGCAGCAGCAAACAGCACCACAGAAAACCUUUCUCCCCUCCUCGCGCUUAGAAUGCACCAGCUGUCUGCUGAGGUGAUCCGUAUGGAGGAGCUGGGGGAGCUGCUGUCUUGGGUUGCUCCAGCAGCAGCAGCAGCAGUAUCUCUUGCUGCUGAGGGGCUGCCUGUUUACUCUCUUAUCUUUGACUGUCUCGAUGCCCUUCUUGCUGCUGCGCUGCGCUCGCUGCAGCGUACAGACACCGCAGCACAGCCUGCUGAACAACCAGCAGCAGCAGCAGCACCUGCUGCUGCUGCUGCUGCUGCACCAGCAGCAGCAGCAGGUGAAGCGGGAACAGAAGCAGCAACAGAAGCAGCAGCAGAAGCAGCAGCAGACACUGCUGCUGCUCAAGACGGCACGCAGCAGGCUGCAGCAGAUGGAGAUUCCACCCAGACAACAGCUGCAGCUAAUGCUGCAGCUACUGCUGCUCCUGCAGCAGCAGCACCAGCAGCAACUGCUGCUGCUGCUGCUGCUGCUGCGGCCCAGGAGCUGCCCACCUAUCCUGAUCGUCCAGCAUAUUCGCGGGCAGCUCGGUCCCUCUUCGCUCUGCACGGCAGUCGUUUGCUGCGUUUGCUGCAGUUCGUAGAGCGGCUGCUGCAGCUGCAUCUAUCUGCUGCUGCUGCGGUGUAUAGGCAGCUCGAGCGUGUCUUGGCGCUGCCGUGUCGCCGUCUGUUGGAGGUUUGUGUUGAGUUGCUGGAGGAGGAGCGGCUUGCUGCUGUUGCUGCUGGUGCUGCUGCUGCCGACGCACCAGCAGCAGCAACAGCAGCACCAGCAACAGCAGCAGCAGCAGCAGCAGCAGCAGCAGAUGCACCGCUGCAGCAGCAAAUUGCCAAAGGCUUGCUGCUUGCUGCUCUGAGGCUAACCACACAGAUCGCUCGCGGCUACCAGGCGCUGGCGGACUCUGCGGUGCAGCAGCGUGAAGCCAGCAGCAGCAGCAGCAGCAGCAGCAGCAGCAGCGGUGCGGGUAGCAGCGGCGCUGCGAAUGGGUUGGGUGCGGCGGACAGCAGCAGCAGCAGCAGCAGCAGCAACAGCAGCAGCAGCAGCAGCAAGAUGAAGAAGAGCCUGGGUUUCCCUCGUUAUCGAACAGAGGAGACACACCAGUGGACCUCGCAUUGA